UGAAUUUCGUUUGAGAGUGUUUAGUAGUUAUCUUCAAACAUCGGGUAUAGUGCCACCUAGUGAAGUAUCGUAGUAUAAAAUACAUAUAAUUCUAAUAAAAUGCCAAUUUGAGUUAACAAUUUACAACUACAGUAGAAUAUGUAGUAUUUAUUAGUAGCAUUAUGCUAACGUUAUUCAUUUUAACCUUUUGUAUCUCAUCCAAAUGAUUUUUUUAAUACUUUUUUUACUAAACGCAAUAUGUGACGCCGCACCUGGACAUUACGAAUGCGGUGUGCACGGAAGGUUUGAGUAUUGCCUUGAUGGUUUCCCGGGCUGCGUCAUCGGUUGCCACUGCUACCCGGGCUAUUACUUCGACACCGAGUCUAAGAUAUGCGAGCCCAACACUAAACUGACACAUGACUAUAGGCGCCAUAUGACACCUAUUGGAUACACCUACGGACACAGUGGCGCGCUAGUACCUCCAUAUCCAGCAGUACCGUCUCCCCCACCAGUGGUAACUGCCAGCACCGACGAUCCCGCUCAAGACAGCGACAACGGUGACCUCAGCGACUGGCUCUACAACCAGUUCUUUAAAACUAUAGAAAGUCAAGUUGUCAACAAAACAGACGACGAGCCCUUGACGACGGGGACGAGAAGGAGCGGUGCAUCGAUAGAACCAUUCCUCACACGAAGACAUAGUAACAAAAGAAGAAAGUCUAAGAAAAAACGCAAUUCGCGUAAAAAGAUAAUGAGGGAUGAUGACGAGGAUAGCGAGGAAGAAUCCAGCUCCGAUUCCGACUCGUCAGAAUCGGACUCCGAUGAAUCGUCAGGUGACCUGGGCAGCUGGGAGCGUUACGAACCGUCUAAAGGGCCGCCCGAUGCCAACAAGGAUGGCGCCCACAGGCGUAUAGUCAUGUACAGCAAAAAGCCUAAACCACCGCUACCGUCAUUUAUUUUCUUACCAAAUAUGGGAACGGCAUUUUUCCCGCCCUUAGGACUACCCGCUCCGCCUAUGCCGAUGUACCCUAUGGUGCCCAUCCCUCCAAUCCAUCCGGGUCCACCAGAUUAUGAUCAAACUACUGUAGCGGCAUCAACGCAGCAAACAACAACAACUGCCCCGACUACGACGGGUGCGUCCACGCCGUCACCACCGCCGCCGACGGAGACGACGACGACAACGACGACCACCGCGCCGGCCGACGCGCCUGCCAAGAAAGUCUUGCGAACUCACAAAUUGCUUAAUACAUUCCGUCCUCCUCCUAUCAAAAAUCGAAACAAACCACAAGCGAGACAAGUAUUCAAACCAUCACCUCUACCACCUUUGCCACCUAUGGACUACCCUAUGAAUCAUAUUGAAGACAACUAUUACGAUGACAUAUUUAUGGGAGACAAUAAUUUCCUCCUGGAACACGGUGACAAAAUGGACGCCGGCCCUGACUUCAAAUAUAUAAGUGAACUUAUUCAUAGGAACACCAAUGAAAGCAACAAAAGCGCAUCAAAACCGCCCAAUAUGCUAAAUCCUCAGAAACGUGAACAAUUUCAGGGCAUGAAGCCUCCUAUACCUAAGAGAAGACAUCCCAUCACGCCAGGUCGCCUCGACGCCACGCGACGUCGUUUCGACUCGAAAAUAAACAAAGAAGACGACUCUUAUUACAGUACGUUAGGGAAACAAAUAGCAAAACUUAUUAGAGGAUUGGAUUCUGCAGAUAUCCUUAGAGCUGACAUCAAAAUUGAACCAACGGAGGAUCCUAAAACUGCACAUCCUUUUUUCAGUGAGAGUAGUUACGCGGCGCGCACUUACUGGGAAAGAUUUGUACGAUCUCCACUGAGUUUGAGAUUGAAAAAUUUCACAAACUACGAAGAUUUAAUAGCCAGCAAUGAAAAUUUGUUUGAAUUGGAAAACCAAGUCCAGGAAGCAACGUCUGCGCCGGUUUUGAGUUGGUUGGAACUUGAAAAUGUUAUCAAUACAAUGGGGGCAAUAAGAAAUCAGAUACAUGGCAGAACGUUAAAGAACAAUUAUGAUAAGUUGUCCAACGCCAGUCUUAAUGUUAGCCUGCUGCCGCGGUUUAAUGCAAAAAGUGUCGUAUCCCAGAAACCGAAAAUAAAAACUAACGAUCACAUGCUUUUCGCAGAGUUCGAAGAUGUUAUGGGCAAAUUAACCAGAUCUAAUAAACAUCAAAAGUUAUCAAAAAAAGCGUUUAAAGAUAAAACAGAAGAAUUUAACAAACAAUCUAAAAAUGGAACAAACAUUUAUUUAGUAAAUAAAGUACCCGGGCACAUUCACCCUAAUACAAACAUUCAUGUUCUGCGGUUUAAAGAUAAAACAGAAGAACUUAACAAACAAUCUAAAAAUGAAACAAACAUUACUUUAGUAAAUAAAGUACUCGACCCCAUUGACACAAACAUUCAUGUUCUGCGUAGUGUUGUUCCCACACUAAAACCAAUGUUUAUAACUUCGCAUAAAAAAGGUACAAAAGACGCCGAGGUACAAGUAAAAAAGGAUCAGGACAACGAUAAAAUUGAUUAUUUCAAUAAGUUUAAUAAUAGACCUCAUGUGUUUCAGGCAUCCACUUACGUAAGGUCGAAUAAGUAUUUCUUUGACAGUGGCACCAACACCGAUAAUCAGUUCGAAAUUUGGGCCAUGGAUUAGCACGUAGAAAAAAAUGCUUUCAGAAAAUAAAAACAGUAGAACUUUCUAAGUACAUAUUUACUUCCAAUAAUAAGACCAAUUCUCAAACAGAGUGUGCUCGCUGUAAUCCAGCGAGUGUUUACGAUACACAAACUCGGAGCAACAUGCCAAGUCCGGCUGCAGUGCAGUGGAUACCCGCGCAGUUCGCUUCGUCCUGCAACCAAGCUUGCCAGUUUUCACAAAUUGCAUCCUGACUAUCGCUGCAAACAUUAGGAGAUUGUUGCAACGCUCAGUGUGUAAAGGGGAAAUGUAGGCAGCGCAGUAUUAGAUAUCGUUUCGCCUGGAAGUAGGAAUAAACGGUAAUCCUGUUGUAUUCUUCACAGACAAUUUAAUUCCCAUUUCAUAACGCGCGACGUGCAGGGCCGCAUCGCGGCGAUGCCGGCGGCGCGGCACAGCGGCUGCAUCUCGCUUAGCUUAUGUACCAUCAGCAAGUUGUGAAUUCGAGCGCAAGGGACGCGAUCACGCCGCUUGCACUGCUGCUAGUAUUCCCACUUCCAUUAUAGCCAACUUAAUCUCCUCGAUACGGGAUUUCCAUAUUUUGAACUCGCUUCUAACAUUUCCAUUUAAGUCGCAAGUUGUGAGCCGAUUAUUAUAAUUGUCGACCGAUGUAAGCAUAUCGAAUAGCGCCGAACUAAAGCUGUAUAAAUUGUCGCAAUAACAGUUACAUGCAGGUCGCAUCGACCAAUUCAGUUGGGUUCAAAUGGUGUCGUUUGAACGGGUUUUGGAAUGUAAAUAAAGAUUUGAAUAA